UUGUUUUUGUUGAGCUCACCACCAACUUCGAUGGACAUGGUACUCGCAUAAUAGAAUCCAACACGAAGAAACAAAGUUCAGAUUCUUAGUCUUAUGUUGAUGCCGCAACUAACUCAAGCUUUUAAUCAUUACUAUUAGCUAUACCUCUGCGUUCUGUUCCCGAUUGUUUGCUCAGUUAUGGCGGCUUUGAUCUCAAAAAGGUUACUACGUUCUUAUGGGUCAUUGCAUUCACUAGGACGACGGCGUUUUGAUUCUCCUAUUACUGGGUUUAAUUCGCUUCAUAAAUCACAUGAUAUAUGCAGCGGUUUAUCUGGGGAGAGAGUGAUUUCAUCACAACGUGUCUUGACCGGAUCAAUGAUCCGACGGUUUUGUACUUCGAUUUUAACUCCCGGGAACGAUGAAGGUGCAAUUCCAUCUGACUUAUUGUCCAAAAAGCCUCUGGCAACAUCUGAACGUGAUAUAGGGCUUUGUCAGGAUCUUGUAAUUCCAGUUACCAACUUUCAUAACGAAGACAAGGGCUUUCUGGUUUUAGCUGGAGAUGUUUUCGAUUUGCCUAUUCGGAAGGAUAUUAUUCAUCGUGUUGUUAGGUGGCAGCUUGCAAAACGCCAACAGGGAACUCACUCGACAAAAACUAUUAGUGAGGUCAGUGGGACUGGGAGAAAGCCUUGGAAUCAAAAAGGGCUUGGUAGGGCAAGGCAGGGUACAUUGCGUGGGCCUCAUUUCAGGGGUGGUGCCACGAAGCACGGUCCUAAACCUCGAAGCCAUGCCUUCAAACUCAAUAAGAAGGUUCGGCGACUAGGACUAAAGAUUGCUUUGUCAGCUCGCGCCGCAGAAGGAAAGCUUCUUGUGUUCGAGGAUCUGGAGGUUCCCACACAUAAAACCAAAACUAUUGUGAAUUAUUUCAAUCAAAUGGAGGACACCAAGAAACUUCUGAUCGUAGAUGGCGGCCCCAUAAAUGAAAAGUUGAAGUUAGCUACACAAAAUCUGCAUUAUGUUAAUGUACUUCCAGCCAUUGGCUUAAAUGUCUACAGUAUUUUGUUGCACGACACUUUGGUUAUGUCCAAAGAUGCAGUGAACAGAAUUGUUGAGCGCAUGCACACUCCAAUAAAGCAAUGAGGCAGUAACUGCUUUACUCCGCUACAUUUACUCAGAAUUAUGAGUAGUAUCCUGUGUCUGCAUUUCUGUGACACAGUGAUCCAAUGAUAAUAUUUUGCAAGAGGUUUCUGAUAAAUUCAUACAUGCAAAGAAAGUUGUAAUUUUUAUGGUGUUCAAGAUUAGAACUUAGGAAUUGGAUGGUGGAAUUUUAAUGCUUAAGUGAUUAGGUUUGUUAUGGUUUCCAAUGGUAUCUCAUUUUUCAGCAAAUGCAUAGGAUCUGUUUAACCAGCAUGUCAUUUCCAUCCUCUAUUCAUAGAUUUAACAAAUUAUUUC